AUGAAAGGGAAAGAUCAUUUCCUAGUGGCUGGUAGGAUCACUUGGGAUUUCAGGAGAUUGUCUGAAGAGGAAACUGAUUGGGGGAACAAGAUUCUCUUCUUACCAGCUGCCAAGAACAUGUCUAUGCUUGUGGUUGAGUCUAGUCCAUGGAACGCUAACGAUUUCGGGAUCCCUUACCCGACCUACUUCCAUCCAGCUAAGGACUCGGAGGUGUUUGAGUGGCAAGAGCGGAUGAGAAGCCUUGAGAGGAAGUGGCUCUUCUCGUUUGCAGGAGCUCCACGACCAGACAACCCCAAAUCUAUAAGGGGGCAGAUCAUUGAUCAAUGCAGAAACUCAAAAGUUGGAAAGCUCUUGGAGUGUGACUUCAGGGAGAGCAAAUGUCACGCGCCGAGUAGCAUUAUGCAAAUGUUUCAAGGCUCUCUCUUCUGUCUGCAGCCUCAGGGAGACUCUUACACCAGAAGAUCUGCUUUUGACUCGAUGCUUGCGGGUUGGAUACCUGUCUUCUUUCACCCUGGAUCAGCCUACACUCAGUACACGUGGCAUCUACCUAAAAACUACACGACCUACUCUGUUUUCAUCCCCGAGGAUGAUAUAAGGAAGAGAAACGUAAGCAUCAAGGAACGGCUCCUGCAGAUACCACCAGAGCAGGUCAAGGUCAUGAGAGAGAACGUCAUAAACCUCAUCCCGGGACUGAUCUACGCUGACCCGAGAUCAGAGCUGGAGACACUGAAGGAUGCGUUUGAUGUGUCGGUACAGGCCAUAAUAGACAAGGUGACUCGGUUGAGGAAGAACAUGAUCGAGGGUCGAACCGAGUAUGACAACUUCUUGGAGGAGAAUAGCUGGAAGUAUGCGUUGCUGGAGGAAGGCCAACGGGAAGCUGGGGGGCACGUGUGGGACCCGUUCUUCUCUAAACCGAAGCCCGGAGAAGAUAGUAGCAGCGACAGCAAUGGAGGUACGACCAUUUCGGCAGAUGCAGCUAAGAAUUCAUGGAAGAGUGAACAGAGAGAUAAGACACAAUGA